AUUACGUUAGAAAUAGUGGGAGGAACUAAAGUUAGCUCAAAAAUUCCCCACAGGGUGAACUUGGAGCAGAAGUGGUUGAAUUUCUGAACCUGAGGUUUGGUCUCUAAAUCUGCCAGAAACUCUUGAGAGAUUUUUUUCUUUUACAAGAGACCAGGAGCUGUCAACUCAUUGGAACCCUAGCUGAGUACACCUUGCAAUGGAGCCUUUACCUUUUGAAAUGCCAGCUGACACGGUGCAACGCGUGGCGUCGGAACUUAGAUGUCACCCUACAGAUGAAAGGGUCGCUCUCCGUCUUGAUGAGGAAGAUAAACUGAGGCACUUCAGGGAAUAUUUUUAUAUUCCCAAAAUGCAGGAUCUGCCUCCAAUUGAUUUAUCAUUAGUGAAUAAGGAUGAAAAUGCCAUCUAUUUCUUGGGAAAUUCUCUUGGCCUUCAACCAAAAAUAGUUAAAACAUAUCUGGAGGAAGAACUACAAAAGUGGGCCAAAAUGGGAAGCUAUGGUCACAACACAGGGAAACGUCCUUGGAUUACAGGAGAUGAGGUUGUCACAGGCCUUAUGACAGACAUUGUCGGAGCCAAUGAAAAAGAAAUAGUCCUAAUGAAUGGUUUGACUGUUAAUUUGCAUCUUCUACUGUUAUCAUUUUUUAAGCCUACACCAAAACGGUAUAAAAUUCUUCUAGAAGCCAAAGCCUUCCCUUCAGACCAUUAUGCUGUUGAAUCCCAGCUGCAACUUCACGGACUCAGCAUUGAGGAAAGCAUGCGGAUGAUAAAGCCGAGAGAGGGGGAAGAGACCUUGAGAACAGAAGAUAUCCUUGAGGUAAUUGAGAAGGAAGGAGACUCUGUCGCAGUGAUCCUGUUCAGCGGCCUGCAUUUCCGUACUGGACAGUUCUUUGAUAUGCCUGCCAUCACAAAGGCAGGGCAAGCAAAGGGUUGUUUUGUUGGCUUUGAUCUAGCACACGCAGUUGGAAAUGUUGAACUCCGCUUACAUGACUGGGGAGUCGAUUUUGCCUGCUGGUGUUCCUAUAAGUAUUUAAAUUCAGGAGCAGGAGGAAUUGCCGGCGCCUUUGUCCAUGAAAAACACACCCAUACAGUUAAACCAGCGUUAGUGGGAUGGUUUGGUCAUGAACUCAGCACUAGAUUUAAAAUGGAUAACAAGUUGCAGUUAAUCCCCGGGGCCCAUGGAUUUAGAAUUUCAAACCCUCCGAUAUUGUUGAUCUGUCCCUUACAGGCGAGUUUAGAGAUCUUUAACAAAGCAACCAUGAAAGCAUUGAGAAGAAAGUCUAUUUUGCUUACUGGUUAUCUGGAAUACAUGAUCAAGCAUUAUUAUGGAAAAGAUAAAGCAGAAACCAAGAAACCUUUUGUGAACAUAAUUACACCAUCCAACAUCAAGGAUCGUGGCUGCCAGCUGACAUUAUCAUUUUCUGUUCCAAUAACACAUGUACUUCAAGAACUAGAAAAAAGAGGAGUGGUUUGUGACAGGCGGGAACCAAAUGGCAUCCGAGUGGCCCCAGUUCCUCUCUACAAUUCUUUCCAUGACGUUUAUAGAUUUAUCAAUCUGCUCAAUUCUGUACUUGAUGCUGCAGAAGAAAAAAAUAGCAGUGUUUAGAGCAAAUUAAGCAAAUGAUAUCAAAAGCUUCUGUGAUUGUUUCAUUAUUUUUAUUCAUUUUAGUUAUUAGAAGUAUUGACCGGUUCCCUGCAGGCCAGUUCCCAGUAGGGGACGCAUGAAAGGCAACCAUACAUUGAUGUUUCUUUCCCUCUCUCCUUCCCUUCCCCUCUAAAGAUAAAUAAAUAAAAUCUUAAAAAAAAGAAGUAUUGAAAACUUACUACACAUAGCUAGCAAUAAAUUGUAUACUUCACAAAAAAAUCUGGUACAACUUUUAUGAGUCUAUGUCCCUGAGAAAUUUAUGGCUAAUUUCUUGGUGUUUUGUGAAUAAAGGUCUUCAGUGGGCCAAAUAUUAUGCUCACAAUCUUGUUUAGCUUGUAUAUUUCAUGGUCAGUGAAAUAUUUUUAUUGAUUUAAUUUAUAACUUGACUAUUUGAUCAUAUAUAUGAAUUUUGUGUCAAUUUUAUAAAUAUUACUUUAGUUUUAAUUUCCCAAAGACUUUUUUAUAAGAACCACAGUUGAACAGUCUGAUAUAUGUAUGAUUUUGCAAUAUUCUAUCUACCUCUAAUUUAAAGAACAGAAAAUACUCUUUCAAAGGCAGUGGCCUUCAAAUGUUUUUGGCCACAGUCCAUACAAAAAAAUAUAUCUAAUAACAUAAAUCAGUAUUGGUGUGUGUAUAUGCCUUAUUUUAUUUAAUUUAGUAUACUUUUUAAUAAUAUUUUAACAUCUGUGAAAGAAAAGUCAAUUUUUAAUCAACUGUUUCUUACAAUUGCUAUUGGCCAUUCUUCCCCAUUACCAUUCUUGAUAUUAGCAUAAUUAUCAUAAUGAAUAGAUAGCAUCUUGGUUCCAAUUAAAAAUGAUAUAUAUAUAACAAAAA